AGAGCUCCGCGAACGAACUAUCGCUGUGAGGAGCAUGAGCCAUUAUGUCAAUCGUUCACAGCCAUUGUGUCUGCACCGGCUCUAAUGAUACGAUAGAGUAGACGGAGCCCAGCUUGUGCAGUUCGUUGAUAGUGGAUGCAUGACUUCUUGGCCUCAUCACUCAUUUUUCUGCUUCUCACGACUUUCUGAAAGCCGCUGAGCUUGCUAGACCAGUUGAAAGAGACUGACUUGCAAUGCCUCGACUCUCCAAAGAACAGAGGGAGGAAGUGAAGAAAAUGCUGGAUAAAGGCCUCUCUCAGUAUAAUAUUUCCAAAAUAAUGAAAACGUCACGGAAUACAAUCCACCAUUUGGCCCGCAGGUUGAAGUCAACAGGGUCGACUGAUGACCUCCCACGCUCUGGGCGACCUCGGAUCACCCCAAGCCGAGAUCAGUCCUGGUUAGAAUGUGCUGGCGAGGAAAGGCCAUUUGUAUGCACAGAGUGUGGAAAAACAUUCAAACACUUCCACAAUCUCAAGAACCAUAUGAAGACUCAUGGGGACGAACGGCAAUACCAGUGUGAUCAGUGUGGUCGUGGUUUUAUUAGUUCUGCUAAUUUCAAACGACACAUGCGUAUUCAUACCGGAGAGAAACCUUAUAUUUGUGAAUACUGUGCCAGAGGUUUUGCUGACUUGUGUUCUAUGAAGACACAUAUUCGUAUUCACACAGGGGAACGUCCUCACAAGUGCCACCUGUGUGGCAAGGCCUGUACAACAGCUGGCAAUCUCCAUGCUCAUAUGAAAGUACACCGGGAUAAGAAAGGCGGGGAGGUACCCCGGCCCUUAUUAGUGAAUCCCCCAAGAUACAAAUCUAUCCCUGUCUUUCCACAGAUGGAAAUGUUGAAAGCUAAAAACCAACAAGCAUUGAAAGAAGAUUCCAAGGGUAGUGAAGCAUUUGAUGAGGAUAAGAUUGCCAAAGAAGAGGACGAAUCUAAUGAGGAAGGGCUUGGGGACCACCAACAAGAGGACAAUCCCCAGAUGCUCAGUGUUGAUGUGUCUUCCAGCUCUGUAUCCAAAUUUCAAGAGGACCUGCCAGCUAAAAUUGAGGUAAAUCCUGAUGGUUUUGAGGAGAAUCCCUGCCCAAAUAAACCUGUUGACAUGGACUUUCAAAAGAGGUUCUGUGACACAAUAGCAGCACCUUCGGAAGGGGAACCACCUAUUCCUGUAAUUCAAAUCAAGAAAGAACCUGACUUUGAGGAAGAGAGAAACUGACCUGCCUGUUCCAUGGAGUGCCCAACAUAGCUGGGGUCAUACGGGUCCAAGUCCAAGUCGCUAAUAUUCUGAGCAGUCUUGUAAUUUCAUGCUUGUGGGUUUCCAAGUGAGACAUGACCUGCGUUACUGAGGAUGUCCUUCACAGUUAAGCUGCUACAGCUUGAUAUUGCUGAGACUGCUCCUGAUGAGCAGAAACUCAGUGGUUUGAUGCUGGCUGCAUUAAGCCAAAAGACUGUAACAGAUUGUAUUUAUUGUUACUGUGGCUGGUGCAACAUGUUUUGUCUAUUCUUCAUUCUAUUAGAGUAGCACUAGGAAUUCAGAUGUUGAUAAAUUAUUCAUAGAAUUUAUCUGUUUUGUUUUGUAUGCAUUUAAGUUAUGAUCAUGGAGAUGAGAUUUGCAAAUUGCAAAAAUAAGUAUUUUAUGAUUUUUUAUCAUUAGUUGGUGCUCCACCGUUUAUGGGGAUGACUGAGAUCCUGUUUAAUGAGCAUUAUCAGACACUAGUGACCAUGCUGACUUCCUAGUUGGUGGAUAUUUGUGAUCAGAGUUUUGUUUUUGUACAUGUUACAUGAGCUGUGGUGUUUUUGCGACUGAUAUUGUGUAUGUACAUUGUUUUCAUUGUGCAAUAAAGUGAAUCUGUAAA